CAAAGAUAAAGGUAAUAAAGUUGUAAGACUUUAUAUUUGUCCAUAAGCAUACAAUUCCUACGAGGUGUGGUAGAAAACCCGUUGCAAUCCAGCUUCAUAGGUUGGUUUUGUGGUGGGAUCUAAAACUGGGGUGACGUAUGAGGACUUCUUUGUGCUCACAGCAUCAAUACUGGGGGUAUUCCGACAACUUUCCCACUGAAACCUGCCGGAACAUAAAACCACAGGUGUACGAUAAUUGUUAGGUGCAAUCACAGACCAAACAGUCCUUGAAGCACGUUCACAUACCUUAUAGCUGAACAUUGUUGGCUGAGCGCGAGGCAAGAUGUCGGCACUUGAGGAGAUUAAGAAGCAGAAUGCUGCCCUUCAGAAAAGCAUAGGCAACAUUAAAACGGUCGCCGACGACGUCAAAAAACCUACGACGGGAGUUCCCUCCAGAGACGAGUCUAUCAAAAAGAGUACUCCUGCUGGAGCCAAGAAGACCACAACAGAAACCAAGCAGGCAGCUACACCCGUCAAAAAGGCUCCGGUAAAACUGAAAAGUACCGCAACAGAGGCCUCGAAGGCUGCUCCCAAAGGAGCAACACCCGUGAAACCGGCCGCCACUCCGACGCCGGUCGGCACUAAGAAGGCUCUCCGCACCAGCGGCAGUGAAGCUCCAGCAGCGUCAUCUAGUCCAGCCGGGGAUGCAACUGCGAAGAAGACCCCGACGCCAGUAAAGAGCGCGCCUGGAGUAACGAAAACAGAAACCCGUAAGCCUCUAGGGACGCAGAAAGCCCUUCCCAAGGCGACAGAAAAAGACACAGCGGUAAAGAAAGAUGACACCUCUGCUGCACCCAAAACGCCAGCACAGCCACCGAAGCCCAAGACCGUGAAGCCAAAGAAACAUGACUCGCCAAUGUCCUCCGAUGUAGAACCAACUGUGGAGAAGGAAGAAAUAAAACCCCCUUCCGUCAGGAAAGCUCCGCGCAAGUUGGCUAGUCGGCCAAAGGAAACAGAAACCACCAAAUCGGCCGCACCCCAGCAAACAAGUGCCGCUCCAAACCAACCCCAACAGAAAGCUACACCGGCACAGACUACCAAGAAACCCGGCACCCUCAGCAAAGGCGCCGGAGCGGCCGCGGAUGCAACUAACAAAACAAUUGGCCUCACCACCGGAACGGUCAACAAAGUCACUGAUUCAGGUACCACGGCACUAAAUUCCACUGUCAACGGUGCGACUGGCGUGGUCGGAAAGGGGCUCGACAAAGCACCAGCAGGUGUAGGCAAGCCGGCCAAGCAUAUCACCGACAAUGUCGGCAAGACGGCGACAGGCGCGACGGAUAAUUUGUAUCACACGACCGGGGCGGCGACGAAAGGGGUGCAGGGGACGGCGUCGAAGACGACGAAUGCUUUGAGCAAGGGAGAUGUUAAGGGGACGGCUAAGGGCUUGACUAGUGGCGUGGGAAAUACGGUCUCUGGCACUGGAAAAGCCCUUGGGAAAACGGUGGAUGAAGGUGUUGCUGGUGUAGGGUCAACAGUCGGCGGACCCGCUGGAAAUAUAGUUGGCGGUGUUGGCAGAGGCGCUGGAGACGCCGUAGGCGGCGUAACGGAAGGCCUGGGCGAAGGUGUCUCCAAACUUGGAAAAGGCGAUGCUGUGGGCGGACUCACGAGCACGUUAGGAGGCGUCCAGAAAGGAGUUGGCGGUUUGCUUGGAGGAGUCUUGGGAGGAGCCCAGGGGAAGGAUGAAGAAUGACUACAUGGUUGGGUAAUGAAUGUGAAGAGACCCGAUUCCUUGUCGGAGUGGAGUCUAGUUUCGGCGACGAGCUGAAUGGGCGGAUACAAGUUUGAUGGACACCUGACCGAUGCGAAUGGGUUCGUAAUGGCUAUGGUUCAAAAGUAUGAUGAGUACAGCGGUACGCGGGGUUUAUUCACCUCAGGCUUUAUGUAUUUGAAGUGCAAUAUUGAUGCACUUGUAGAGUGAUUACGAUCGCGAAAUGUUAAGCGG